GAACUCAACGUGACUAGACAUGAACACCAUGAAGAUAUUGGCGCUGCCUCUUCUCAUCACUUUAAUGCAAAGUUCUGUCUGCCUGUCAGUGACAGUAAGCAGCAGUAAACCCAAAGUGGAGGUCCACGAGCACACAGAUGCUGUGCUCGCCUGUGAGUUCAGGACAGAGAAAGAUCCGAACCCUCGCAUCGAGUGGAAGAAGAAAGGAAAGGGGGUGACGUUUGUGUACUUUAAUCACAAAUUUACUGGGUCUUAUGCAGCACGGGCAAAGAUGGAAGGAGCGACGCUGACGAUACACUCUGUUACUCAGAAAGACUCGGGGGAAUAUCGCUGCGAGGUGACAGCCAGCGAGGACCACGUCAACCUCGGGGAAGCCACUGUUACCCUCAAUGUGCUCGUGCCUCCUCACAUCCCAUCCUGCGAGGUCCCGAGCUCUGUGUUUGUGGGCUCAGGCCUGGAGCUUCUCUGUAAGGACAAACUCAGCGUGCCUCCUGCCACCUACCGCUGGUACAAAGACAACAGGGCUCUGACGGCCACGGCAGAUACUCCAUACAGCGUGGACACGAACAAGGGCACACUGAAGUUUAAGAGUGUGUCCAGGACAGACGCAGGGAUGUACCGCUGUGAGUCCUCCAACAGCGUGGGAGCGCCCAAGAGCUGUGUGGCCCAACAACUCAAAGUUGUUGAAUAUCCUUUGAAUAUGACGAUUUUGAUAGCAGGUGCUGCAGGUUUUGUGGCACUCGUCCUUCUCUGCUGCAUCUGUGUGUGUGUCUGCCGACGCCGAGGCUGCUGCAAGAAAAACAACAAAACAAAAAGCAGCAAGUCCUACAACCCUCCUCCUCCUCCUCCCAUCCGCAAUAUCAAGCACUACAAACAAACUCACUCCUUCAUGAUCUGA